UUACCCCUAUCUGCUCAGCAAAAGCCACCAACACCAAUCCCAUCUUUCACAGAAUAAGAAAGCCCCCUUCCGCAAAACCCAAACAUUCCAUUUGCACACUCUCUCUCCCUCUCUGCUUUUCUCUGAGAAAAAGCUCACCGUCUUCUUGCUCCUGCACAGCCAUUUUCUGCAGUCUCCGAGGUGAAAAUGGCUCAGAUUUUGGCACCCAUCACCCAAUGCCAGCUGAGAAUUGCCAAGAACCCGGUGAAUGCAAGUCCUAUGGCAGCAAAGACAUGGAGGUCCCUCAUGUUGAGGCAGAAAAAGAGUGGAAAUUUGAAGAGCUCCUCCAAGUUCCGGGUAUUUGCAUUGAAGGCUGAAAAUAACACAAUCAACCGCCUUGAGGACCUGCUUAACUUGGAUGUCACUCCGUAUACAGACAAAAUUAUCGCCGAGUACAUUUGGAUCGGAGGGUCGGGAACUGAUCUGCGUAGCAAGUCGAGGACUAUUUCCAAGCCUGUUGAGCAUCCGUCCGAGCUUCCGAAAUGGAACUAUGAUGGAUCGAGCACUGGACAAGCACCGGGAGAGGACAGUGAAGUCAUCCUCUACCCUCAGGCGAUUUUCAAGGAUCCUUUCCGGGGUGGCAAUAAUAUCUUAGUUAUCUGUGAUUCUUACACGCCAGCCGGGGAGCCCAUUCCGACCAACAAACGUGCCAGGGCUGCUGAAAUCUUCAGCAGCCAGAAGGUCAUUAAUGAAGUUCCAUGGUAUGGGAUUGAGCAGGAGUACACUUUGCUUCAGACAAAUGUGAAGUGGCCACUGGGUUGGCCGGUCGGAGGAUAUCCUGGCCCACAGGGUCCAUACUACUGUGGUGUGGGAGCUGACAAGUCGUUCGGAAGGGACAUUUCCGAUGCUCACUACAAGGCUUGCUUGUAUGCUGGGAUUAACAUCAGUGGGACAAACGGUGAAGUCAUGCCUGGGCAGUGGGAGUACCAAGUAGGUCCGAGUGUCGGGAUCGAAGCUGCAGACCAUAUCUGGUGUUCAAGAUACAUCCUCGAGAGAAUAACUGAGCAAAUUGGUGUUGUACUCACCCUUGACCCGAAACCAAUUGAGGGUGACUGGAAUGGUGCGGGAUGCCACACCAAUUACAGUACAAAGAGCAUGAGGGAAGAGGGAGGAUUUGAAGUGAUCAAGAAGGCAAUCCUGAACUUGUCGCUGCGACACCAGGAGCACAUUAGUGCGUAUGGAGAAGGGAAUGAGAGGAGGUUGACGGGAAAACAUGAAACCGCCAACAUCAACACAUUCUCAUGGGGAGUUGCCAAUCGUGGCUGCUCGAUCCGUGUGGGCCGUGACACCGAGAAGCAAGGCAAAGGUUACUUGGAAGACAGGCGUCCCGCUUCAAACAUGGACCCAUAUGUUGUGACCUCACUACUCGCUGAAACUACAAUUCUGUGGGAGCCGACUCUCGAGGCAGAGGCUCUCGCUGCUCAGAAGCUUGCUCUCAAGGUGUGAAAAACAAAACCAUGUCGGCAGGUGAUAAGAAACUGCUGAAGGUGACCUAAAAGCCGAUCAGCUGCUUCUGGGUGGCAUUUCACCUUUCCUUUCCAGAGAGAUUAUUUUAGAAAAGAAAUCGAUCCCCGUGUAAAUAAAGGUCCCAAAGAGAUCCUUAGCCUUGGAAACUAUUUGUCGAACUUUUAUUUCGAAGUUUGCUCCGUUAAUGAAUGCUGGAACUUUUCUGCUCUGGGAUUGUAUUUUCUUGGAAGAAUUCCUUCACUCGCUUCACUUUCAAGUCCAUAACAUGUCCAAGCUCAAUUUUUAUUA